AUGGAUCCCGCAGCAUUCCAUCCUGCCUUACAAUAUUUCGCCCAAGACAAGCUAAAGCUGAGAGUAAUAUUGCUAGAGUACCUCCCAAAUGCAGAGACUUUAAACUGCGUGAACUACUCGGAUACGCUCUUUCCCCAGGCAAUUGAGGGCAUGCAAGAUAUCUACCCUAAAAGCUUUCUCCUCGUUCGUGGAAACACCGACAGACUGGUCUGGGCUGACUUUGAUGUUGCGAUGACCUUUACCGACUUUGGACCUGAAGAGCUGGCCCGCUGUGACUACGAAAUUGCGCUUGUGAAGGGAUUUGGGGAAGCAUUAGUAAGGUAUCCGUUCCUUCCUAUAUUGCAAGUAUUGAGCGUGCUGAUGACAAGGCCGAGGGACUCUUACCGAAUACAAAACUUUAUUAAGGGUUUCAUAGGCUUGCAAAUAUGCUUAACUUAUAUCCCCAAGAGUCGCUCUCGAGGCCAAUUGGAUCCUGUCUUAGCUACACUGUCUUAG